UAAGCAGUCUUCAUUAUGUGGCAAGAGCAAACAGAACUGCACGAGAUCUAUUGUCUAACAGCAGCCAAGCAGAACUGGCGCAAGUUGAUCGCCUUUGGAGACACGCUGCAGCUUGAACUGAAGCGUAAGUUGCUAUGGAUUUGGCCCACAACAGCAAAUGUGCUUAAGUUUAAUCAAGCACUAAGCGAACUACAAAUACAAAAUAUACUUUCCAUUGGCUGCGGCAGUGGACUGCUGGAAUGGCUGAUGCUGGCAGCUGCUGAGAAUCGCUUCAACAUUUAUGGACUAGAAAGGGAUGCCAAUUGGUGGUGCAGCAAGCAAUUGGCUUAUAAUUAUAGGCCCACAACCGAACUUGGGCAUACACACGGAUCCCAAUCCACUUCAAGCGCAGCUGCCGACUGA